GUGGUGGUCGCGGUUGGUCAGUGUUGACAGAGGAGCAGCAUGAGACCCUUCUGUGCUCGGAUCAUGAAAACUAGGAGAUGUUUGGAGGAAAAGACAGUCUGACAGCUCACUCAAAGAAAAGAAAGAUGUGGAAGACCCUAACCCUCACAUGGAUGGUUGCACUGGCAGUGGGUACAGAGGUGUCUCAGUCUGAGGAUGUGGUGGCUAUCAAUGAGGCGUUGGACGAGCAGCAGCAGAAUACCAGAAAGGCAUCUAAAGGACUGGGAACGACCCGACAGCAGAUCCUAGCUGCUCAGUUUGAGUGUUACCUGAAGAUAAUCCGUGAUCCCCCUUGGAAAAAAGAAGGUGUAUACUGUAACCGUACGUGGGAUGGCUGGAUGUGCUGGGAGGACACAUCUCCAGGGAUGGUCACGCAGAUGUGUCCUACAUAUUUUAACGACUUCGACCCUGAAGAAAAGGUUACCAAGUUGUGUCACCCCAAUGGUCAGUGGUUUCUCCACCCAGAGAGCAAAAGACUCUGGUCGAACUACACCCAGUGCUCCGCUCGCACCAAAGACAAAUUAAAAUUUGCCUACAGCCUAUACUACCUGGCCAUGGUGGGUCACGGCCUGUCUAUUGUCUCCCUCAUCUUCUGUCUGAUCAUCUUCUCCUACUUCAAGAGUCUGAGCUGCCAGAGAAUAUCCCUCCAUAAAAACAUGUUUCUCUCCUUCAUCUUGAACUCCAUCGUCACCAUAAUCUGGCUCUCUCUAACUAGCAAACCGGCCAUAGAUGCCAUCAACCCUGUGAGCUGUAAAGUCCUGGCUGUGCUGGUUCAGUACAUGGCUACUUCCACCUACUUCUGGAUGCUGUGUGAAGGCAUUUACCUCCACACGCUCAUCAUCGUGGCCGUGUUUGUUGGAGAACAGCAGCUCUUCUGGUACUACAUCCUGGGAUGGGGUUUUCCUGUUGUUCCUGCCAUCACCUAUGCCGUGGCACGUGGGCUUUUCUAUAAUGACCGGUGUUGGAUCAGCCCGAGAACACACCUGGUCUAUAUCACACAUGGACCGAUCCAUGUUGCGCUGCUUGUGAACUUUUUCUUCCUCCUGAACAUCGUUCGAGUCCUGAUCACGAAGCUAAAGAAGACUCACUCUGCUGAGUCGACGGCCUACAUGAAGGCUGUUAGGGCCACUCUGAUCCUCAUCCCUCUGCUGGGUGUCCAGUACAUCCUCGUCUCUUGGAGACCGGAGGGAUACAUCAGCAGAGCCGUCUUUGAUUUCUUUACAAAUAUCUUCAGCCACUUCCAGGGACUCCUGGUGGCCGUUAUAUUCUGUUUCUGCAAUGCUGAGGCACAGAUGGCCCUGCGGAGGAAGUGGGCUCAGUGGAAGUCUGCCUGGGGUAAAACCGGCUGGGGAGACACACCCAUCACAAACAGCCACUUCAGCUACCACCACAACUCCUCCAUCACCGAAACAAGCCGCGCCACCAUCAGCCUGGAGCACCCUGCUGCUGCAGCCUCUGUAAACAACAAUGUAAAGCCAACGGAGCAUCAGAAAAGCAACAAGACAUGCAGCAACGGGGAGGUGGACAUGCCCAACAACAUGGAGACCACUUACAUCUGAAUGAAAGAGCACUGAGGUGAUUUGCCAAGAUAGAAGGUUAGCAGACACAGCUAAACUGAAUAGGGCAGUGUAUGUAAAGUAUGUACAAAAUGUUUAUUGAAUAGCACUUAAAGGCAUGUGAUCUCACACAUUUAGAAUAUUCAGUGACAGCCUUGAUGUUUAUUUUGUACAUGUGUUUUGUAAAUUGGGUGGAAUUGAAUUUCUGUUGUGAAGCUUUUGAAUGUACUUCCUGUCAGAGUUAAGACAGGUGCAAAAUCUUAAACUGCCAUUUUAAUAUCACACAUGCAGAGCUGUUUGUUUGUGUAAUCUGUCGCCUUAAACAGCCACCAGAGCUCAUGCACACUGAUGUCUAAUGGAUUUUAAAGCCUUCAUUUUCUGGAUGAAAUGCAUCAGAAAUCAGAUUCCUUCUCAGAGGAAUUUCAGGGUGGUGAGAUGGGCUAAUGUUGGGAGAAUCUGAAUCUAUUUCUGUUAAAUAUUUAUUGCGAAAUAAAUAGAAAAACUACAUCUAUCACCCAAAGCUUUUAUGCCUCUGCAAGGUAGGUGGCUGACAGUAAAAGUACAAUGAUUGGCCAAGAAGUAGGGCUGGUUUUUGACCACAAUGUUGCAGCUCCAAAAUCAGGUUAGUUUAUUGUUGAGCAAAAGAGGAAAUUCAAGCAAAGUUUGAAGAAAAUUUCUCAAAGCAUUGACUUUUGUCCUCUGACCUCCAAAAUGUAAUCAGUCCUUGAGUCAGAGUUGACAUUAGUGCGAGUUAUUAUGCUCUGGCUUGAUAAUACUCUAUAUGGGCAAAAGUAUUUGGAUGUCUGACCAUUACACCAGCAGGGACUGUAAUGACAUUCAAAUCCAUAUACUUUAGAAUGGAGUCCCCCCCUUUAUUUGCAGUUUUUCUGUGGGAAUUUGUGCCCAUUCAUUCUGUAGUGCAUAUCUGAGGUCAGGCACUGAUGCUGGACGAGAAGGCCUGGCUCCCAAUCUUCAUUCUGGUUCAUGCUAAAGGUGCUCGAAGUGAUUGAGGUCAGGGCUCUGAGUGUUUCAAGUGGAGACAUGGCUAUGUGCUUGAUUUUAUACAUCUGUGGCAACAGGUCUGAUUGAAACACCUCAAUUCAAUAAUUAACAGGUGUGACCAAAUACUUUUGUCCAUAUAGUGCUUGUGUGAUUAUAACUGUAUAUCAAAAAGCACCCUUUGUUAAAGAAAACACAUUAGCUAAAUCAAUAGUGCCAGUGAAGUUAAAGCUGAUGUGUAAGUAGCCAGUUAGUUAAAACCAUCCAUCCAUUUUCUAUACCGCUUAUCCCAUUGGGGGUCGUGGGUGGGCAGGAGCCUAUCGGGGUACACCGUGGACUGGUCACCAGUCAAUCACAGGGCUGAAAUAUAGAGACAGACAACCAGGCACCCUCACAUCCACACCUACGGCCAAUUUUAGAGUCACCAGUUAACCUAACGAGCAUGUUUUUGGUGGUGGGAGGAAGCCAGAGUACCAGGAGAGAACUGAUGAGAACAUCCAAACUCCAUACAGAAAGGCCCUGGCUGGGAAGUGAACCAGGGACCUAGCACAACAGCGCUAACCCCUGUGCCACCAUGCAGCCCGUUAGUUAAAUCCAUUUUACUUAUUUUAGAGACUUUUCACAGCUGUUAUUUGUCAUUUAAAGACAUAUUAAGAACUGACCUCUAGUAGUUCAGUAUGUUAUUUCUUUAAACCAAAGUUUCUCAGAGUUCUCAAUAGGAUAGGUCUACUUUUUUAAACACAACCACAGUUAUCAAUGGGCUACACAGUGGUGCAGGGGUUAGCGCUGUUGUCUCACAGCAAGAAGGUCCCUGAUUCACUUCCCAGUCAGCAGUCAGGGACUUUCUUUGUGGAGUUUGCAGGUUCUUCUCCCCUGUGCAUGCGGUUGGGUUCUCUCUGGGUACUCUGGCCUCCUCCCACCACCAAAAACAUUAAUUAACUUAUUAUGUUAAUUGGUGACAUGCAUCGUGGAUAGACCAGGCUGAUGUGAGCCUUCAGGCUCUGCUUUGUGUUCUUAAAAUCAAGUCCAGAUAAAUGUCAGGAAACUUGAUUUGAUAUCAAUAUUCACAGACUAGUAAACAGUUUGGAUCUCUGUUGAGUCCAAAUACCCCUGAUUAAUUCAGACAUUAGUCUGUUUGUCUCCUGUUUUUGCUGCUCCUCACAGAGUAGACUUGCGUGUUUUGCAACCCGGAGCCAUGCAGCUGUGUCGCGCACUUACGUGAUGUCAGUGCAACCCCCUAUUUAUGUGUGUGUAGCUCCAUCUUUUUGGGAUGGAUAGGUAAGAUUGGUACCCCUUCGGAAGGGUGCUGAAAAAGUGGGACAGUAGGGGUUGUUUUUUGGGGCCCUUUACAACUUUUGCUAUGAUAACGCAAAACAUGUUCCACACUGAACUGAGCCGGACCGCUUGGUGGAAAUGACCUAUAAAUUGGCUGUAGGUGUGAAUGUGAGUGUGCCUGGUUGUCUGUCUCUAUAUGUCAGCCAUGCAAUUGACUGGCAGCCAGUCUCUUGGCCUCUCACCCAAAGACAGCUGAGAUAGGCUCCAGCAACCAACUAAUCAAAAUCAUGAAAAGAUGGGAAUCCUGCUAUCAACCUUUGCAACCAGAAUAAUGAUGGAGGAUCUGGCUCAUCUUUCUGCUGCUACUUAUGGCAGGACAAGCUUCCUUUGUGUUGUUUUUAUGUUUUGGGGAUGAUUAUCCCAGUAUUUACCCUUUAAAAUAUGUUUGUAGUCAAUUCUCUGGUCACUGCUUGGUUUAUACUUGCACUGAUAUUCCAAAAGCUAUUAAACAGAGCUCACAUGAAAAUUGAAUGUACUAUGUUAAAAGGGAUUCUGCUUUUCCUAGUUUAUUUCAUAUUUUUCAUGUAUUUAAUUUGGAUAUUAAAUAGUGGUAUCUAAACAUUGUUUAACACUCUGGCUAUGUGUCAGCUAAAUAUAUACUGUAAAACGUUGUUGAACUCAGUGUUUCUCUCAGUUUGUGCCUGUGCUUCCUGGAUUUAAAUGAUGUACUGAACAUUGUGGGUUACAACUCUCCUCAUUCAAACUGUGAGCAGAGCUUUGAGUACAAGAGAAUUACUGAUGCAGAGAUAAUAGAGUCGUGGAGAGCAGCAGUUUCUGUCAGUCCAUUAAAAACAAAAGGCUGUGAGAUUUGGGGAAAAAAUAGCACACACUGACUGAAACAAGGUGAAAUAGUGUUUGUGUGGCAUGUAUUUACAUGUGAUUUUUAGAGAAUAGUUCCUCAAAAUAAUGUCAUAGUUAAUGAGGAUCAAAUGUAACUUAUUUCUUAUCACCAACAGAGCUGUAAACACUGAGACUUAAGAGAUAAAACAAAGAAAUGUGUUGUUUUCAAUGUAUGUAAAUUACUGUUUAAAAAGGUGUGUCAUGUCUAUAUCGUCAUGUUGUCACUACUUUGUAAAGUUGUGUAUUGUUAAUGUGUUGGUCAAAUUGUGAUGCCAUGUUGUUUUUUUUCUUUUUGUAUUAUUAUUAUUGUAUUAUUUCUGUGCAUAUUUGAGAGGCACAUAUACAGUUUAUUGCCACCUGUGACAUUAUUUAAUAGUUUCCAAAUGUUAAAUAUUAUAUGUGCACUGGCAGGAAAUGCUACCAUAAACCCUUGUUGUCUGUAGCCUGCUUUACUGGGAAUACAGAAAAAAAGGAAAAAAAAACAGAAGGUCCCAAAUUAUAAUACAAUAAUAAAAAUGUCAUGAUGCUAAGGCUCUGUUUAAAAGCCCACGCUCUCACUCAUGCUGCACAGUUGCCCCAACCUAUAGCAAAUACUGCCUAGAAACAGAUUUCAUGGACAUAUUUAUGAAUAAAUUUAAGAAACAUUCCAAUAAAAUGUCAAAAAAAAUGCUCAACUCAAGCCAAUGUGAGUGUAAAUAUAUUUUAACGUGGCCAUUUAUAUGUGGAAUUAAAGUUGUUUGAACAUAAA